CAGUUGUCGGGUAAGGUUGGGAAUGAACUGAUGCGAGAGAAAGCUAGCUAAAAUAUCCAAUAGAAGAUAAAAGAAACAGGUGCCAGGGCAGCAGCUAGCACGGCAACCCACAAGCUUGCUUUGUCAUCUUGCUUGCGGCAGAUACGCACUAGCUGGAAUGAUUUGUGGCUCUUCAUUUUAACCGAAAAAGGACGGACUACUUGAUCAUAUAUCAUGAUAACCUCAACGACCUAUCAAAGUUUGAGAACUACCAGUCUUCCCGUUUCUCAAACUUAAUGACUUCUGGUGAAGAAUCAUGGGAAAGCUACUAGAUCAUGCCACUGAUGAUCAUGACAGUAAUGAGGAUACUAAAGAAAUAAAGAGUAAUCAGGAUUCCAAGCUGGAAUUCUCAGAAGAUGAGGUGACACUCAUUGAUAGGAUGUUCAGAUUGGUCGGAAAAAGGUGGUCUCUGAUUGCUGGGAGGAUUCCAGGAAGAACUGCAGAGGAGAUUGAAAAGUAUUGGAAUUCAAGGCCAACGUCGUCUACAAGUACUUCAGGGGAAAGAUCAUGAUCACUCAAAUCCACAUGUAAACGACCAGUUUGGUUUGGCUUAAAUUACUUCUUUUGUAGAGUAGUGUCAAGUUGCUGUUUUAGAUAAGCUAGAUGAGAUGGUAGUGUAAUGCAACAGUGCAUGAGCUUUCUAUAAAAGAUUUUGUCAGAACCGUAUUACAUUUUUCUUUAAAAUGACCUGAUCGAUUAAAGUAUA